CUCCCAGUCUGAACCGGUUUCAACCGGUUGCGAGUUAGUUGUUUGAGAGAGGAACGAAGGCGCAGGCAUACAACCUCUGUACCGUCCCGCUGGAAAAUUAUUGGCGUAAUUAAUUAGUAAAUCAGGGUUUAGUUUGUUCUGUAAAAUGUAUGAGAGUGACAUAUUCCAGGGUUUGCCGUGGUAGUAGUUAUUGGAAUCCACAUCAGUGGUUCUUAGCAGCCAGACAUCACACACUACAGGAGCUGGUGAUAAGUCAACGCUGCAGAAAUAUUUUUUUCCCCUCAUCAAAAGGAAUACAGAAAUAUUUUGUCUUAUAGCUUUUUUCUUUUUGGCAAGCGCCGCUUUUUCCAAACAGAGCUACGGACUUCAGAGCUCUAUGCCAGCAAUUAUGACAAUGUUAGCAGACCAUGCAGCACAGCAGCUGCUGGACUUCAACCAGAAACUGGAUAUCAACUUACUGGAUAAUGUGGUGAACUGUCUAUAUCAUGGGGUGGGACCACAGCAAAGAAUGGCACAAGAGGUGUUGACGCACCUAAAAGAGCACCCGGAUGCCUGGACUAGAGUGGACACCAUUUUGGAGUUCUCUCAGAAUAUGAACACCAAAUAUUAUGCACUUCAGAUUCUGGAAACGGUUAUCAAAACAAGAUGGAAGAUACUUCCCAGGAACCAGUGUGAAGGUAUUAAAAAGUAUGUUGUUGGUCUAAUUAUCAAGACUUCAUCAGAUGCAUCAAGUGUGGAGAAAGAAAAAGUGUACAUUGGGAAGCUGAACAUGAUCCUUGUUCAGAUCCUGAAGCAGGAGUGGCCUAAACACUGGCCUACUUUCAUCAGUGACAUUGUAGGAGCAAGUCGUACCAGUGAGAGCCUUUGUCAGAACAACAUGGUCAUUCUCAAGCUGCUCAGUGAAGAGGUUUUUGACUUUUCCAGUGGUCAAAUGACUCAGGUCAAAGCCAAGCACCUGAAAGACAGCAUGUGCAAUGAAUUUUCCCAGAUAUUCCAACUUUGCCAGUUUGUUAUGGAGAAUUCCCAGAAUGCCCCACUAGUUCAUGCUACCCUGGAGACUCUCCUGCGUUUUCUGAACUGGAUUCCUUUGGGAUACAUCUUUGAAACAAAACUCAUCAGCACAUUGGUUUUUAAGUUUUUGAACGUCCCCAUGUUCCGCAAUGUGACGCUGAAGUGCCUGACGGAGAUUGCUGGUGUAAGUGUUAGCCAGUACGAGGAGCAGUUUGUCAGCCUCUUCACCCUGACAAUGUGUCAGCUAAAACAGAUGCUCCCUCUGAAUACCAACAUUCGUCUGGCCUACGCUAAUGGGAAAGACGAUGAGCAAAACUUCAUCCAGAAUCUCAGUUUGUUCCUCUGCACUUUUCUUAAGGAGCACGGGCAGCUCAUUGAGAAGCGACUCAACUUGAGAGAGACAUUAAUGGAGGCCCUCCAUUAUAUGCUGCUGGUGUCAGAGGUGGAAGAGACUGAGAUCUUUAAAAUUUGUCUGGAGUACUGGAACCACCUGGCAGCUGAGCUAUACAGAGAAAGCCCCUUCUCGACGUCCACCUCCCCUCUCCUGUCUGGCAACCAGCACUUUGACGUACCACCGCGCAGACAGCUCUACCUGCCUGUACUCUCCAAGGUGCGCCUGCUGAUGGUAAGCCGGAUGGCCAAGCCAGAGGAGGUAUUGGUGGUGGAGAAUGACCAAGGGGAGGUUGUUAGAGAGUUCAUGAAAGAUACAGAUUCCAUCAACCUCUACAAGAAUAUGAGAGAAACCCUUGUGUACCUGACUCAUCUGGACUACGCAGACACAGAACGCAUUAUGACAGAGAAGCUUCACAACCAGGUGAACGGUACGGAAUGGUCAUGGAAGAACCUCAAUACACUAUGUUGGGCUAUCGGCUCAAUCAGUGGGGCUAUGCACGAGGAGGAUGAGAAGAGGUUUCUGGUCACUGUUAUCAAGGAUCUGCUGGGUCUUUGUGAGCAGAAGAGGGGAAAGGACAACAAGGCCAUCAUAGCAUCCAACAUCAUGUACAUUGUUGGACAGUAUCCACGGUUUCUCAGAGCACACUGGAAGUUCCUCAAAACUGUGGUCAACAAACUCUUUGAGUUUAUGCAUGAAACUCAUGAUGGUGUGCAGGACAUGGCUUGUGACACCUUUAUCAAAAUUGCCCAGAAGUGUCGACGCCAUUUUAUCCAGGUGCAGGUUGGAGAGGUGAUGCCAUUCAUUGAUGAGAUUCUCAACAACAUCAACACCAUCAUCUGUGAUCUCCAACCUCAACAGGUGCACACCUUCUACGAGGCAGUUGGUUAUAUGAUUGGAGCCCAGACAGACCAGGCUGUCCAAGAGCACCUGAUAGAGAAAUAUAUGCUGCUACCUAAUCAAGUAUGGGACAGCAUCAUCCAGCAGGCCACCAAGAAUGUGGACAUUUUGAAGGACCCAGAGACUGUGAAGCAGCUUGGCAGCAUCCUGAAGACCAAUGUCAGGGCCUGCAAGGCUGUAGGACACCCAUUUGUCAUCCAGCUAGGACGGAUUUACCUUGACAUGCUCAACGUCUACAAGUGCCUCAGUGAGAAUAUCUCUGCCGCCAUUCAGACAAAUGGUGAGAUGGUGACAAAACAGCCGUUGAUCCGGAGUAUGAGGACAGUAAAAAGAGAGACACUGAAACUGAUCUCAGGCUGGGUCAGCCGAUCAAAUGAUCCACAGAUGGUUGGGGAGAACUUUGUUCCACCACUGCUGGACGCCGUCCUCAUUGACUAUCAGCGCAACGUCCCAGCUGCCCGUGAGCCUGAGGUCCUCAGUACUAUGGCAACCAUUGUCAACAAGCUGGGAGGGCACAUCACAAGCGAGAUUCCCCAGAUCUUUGAUGCUGUCUUUGAGUGCACCCUGAACAUGAUCAACAAGAACUUUGAAGAGUAUCCAGAACACAGAACUCACUUCUUCUACUUACUCCAAGCUGUUAAUUCCCACUGCUUCCCUGCAUUCCUGGCCAUCCCCCCUGCCCAGUUCAACUGGUGCUGGACUCCAUCAUUUGGGCCUUCAAGCACACCAUGAGGAAUGUGGCUGACACAGGUCUACAGAUUCUGUACACAAUGCUGCAGAACGUGGCCCAGGAAGAAGCAGCUGCUCAGAGUUUCUACCAGACAUAUUUCUGUGAUAUCCUGCAGCACAUUUUUUCUGUCGUCACAGACACGUCUCACACUGCUG